AUGCAGAAUUCUUCAUGGGAGACCUUACUGUGGAGCCUGCUGGCAAAGGACAAUGACAAGCGCAAUGCUGCUGAAGUGCAAUUUGCAGCGCUUAAACAAUCUCCAUGUAGUGACGAUCUAUUGCUGGGUCUAGUGCAUGUCGUGCACUCGACCAGCGCUGACGACGUACGUGCGCUUGCCGCCGUUCUCCUCCGUCGGGUGCUGCUACGCGACGCCGUCUCGCUUUGGCCACGAGCCACAGAUUUGGCUCGAGUUACAAUCAAGUGCGAACUUUUGGCUGUACUCGAGGCUGGUGAGAGAAAUCGUGGCAUUCGGCGCAAGGUUUGUGACAUAGUAGGCGAACUAGCUGGCAGCAUCCUUGAGGACGGUCAGUGGGACGAUUUACUGCCAAAAUUGCUUCAGUGGAGUGAUGCUUCUAUGGUUAUACUACGUGAAACUGCGCUACGAGUGAUGGAGAUGGUUGCUAUUUUCUUAGCCAGUCAAAUUACACGGAUUGACGUCACGCAGUCAGAGAAUACGAGAUUGGAUAUUACAAUCUUGCAAACCUUGGCUAAAGGCUUAACGGAUCGAGAAGGUCGCGUGGCUCUUAACUCAUUGCGUGCAUUUGGCAUGUUACUUUUGAGCUUGGAUGCUUUGGAUCAGGUACCACAACCAGAGCUCUUGACAAGCACAGUACCGCUUGUGCUUGCUACGCUCCACUCACUAUUGAUUACAAGACAGUUUGAUGACGUCAUGGAGGCUCUUGAAAUCUUAAUUGAGGUAGCUGAGCCCCAUGCGACCAUAUUUAAGCCGUGUUUACGCGAGUUUGUUGAGACAAUGGUUCAGAUCGCUGAUGUCCCGCAUGACAAGAGCGAUGUAAAUGUUAUGUCAGAUGGAUGCCGACAAUUGGCUAUGGAGUUUCUAGUAUCACUGGCUGAACAAGCCCCGUCGCUAUGUCGACAUUUACCAAAAAAUAUGUUUGUACAGCUAGUCUAUCCUGUGGCUUUUAAAAUGAUGUUAGAUUUGCAAGAUUUAGAUGCGUGGGAUGUUGCGUUUUGUGCAGACGAACACUCAGUUGGCAGUCAAACAAUUGAUCAUGAGAUUUCGAAUUUUGAUGUGGGGUCGGAGGCUCUUGAACGGCUUGUUGGCGCAAUUGGUGCUAAGCGGUCGCUGCCAACAUGCUUUGCAUUGAUUCAAAAGUAUGCACAGUCAGAAAAUUGGGUGAACCGACACGCCGCCUUGGUGGGUCUUUGCCAGAUUUUGGACGUGCUAGAUGAUGAAAAUUUGGACGCCACUGUGCGUCACUUAUUUGCUCAGACCAAUGAUUCACAUCCCCGUGUGUGUUGCACCGCCGUAGAUGUUAUCGGCCAGCUUUCUGUCGACCAAGCCCCGCGGUUUCAGCAAGCGUAUCACUUACAGGCACUUACUGUACUGGCUCAUUACCUCGAAGAUUUUAACAAGCCACGUCUUCAGGCCCAUGCUGCAACAUCCUUACGCCAAUUCAUUGACAUGUGUCCAUCUGAACUUCUGACUCCGUACCUUGAUAAAAUAUUACAUCAACUUUUUGCUUUACUACAAAACGGGCAAUUGUUAGCCCCGACGGCCAAUCAAGUAUCUACUCAGGCAUUCAUUGCCGCGCGCAUAGUCCAGGAACAGGCAAUUACAGCAAUCUCAUCCGUGGCCACAGUAGCUGGUGCGUCGUUUGCUACUUAUUAUGCUGCUGUGUUGCCUCCGCUGCAGCAGAUAUUGCGCACCUGUCUGCAUGAGUGUGUGACGGCGGCGGCUGCAUCGCAAGGCUUGCUCAAGUCACAAUCAAACGCGCCCAGCUCAUUUACGCUAGGUGGAAUUACGCUUGAAUGUUUGAGUCUAAUUGGCCAGGCCGUAGGCAAGCAAGUGUUUUCUCGCGAUGCUGCUGCGAUUCUUAAAAUGAUGGCGGAAAUGCAGGCCACGCCAUUUAUUGUCGGCAACGAGUUAAUUCGAACGUAUCUGCUUCAAGCAUGGGCUCGCUGCUGCACAUGCCUUCGUCACGAUUUUGCUCCGUAUCUACCCCUUGUCAUGCCGACGCUGCUCGAGGCUGCCAUGCAACAGGCUGAAUUUGAAGUGGAUCCGUCGACGCUGUCUAGUGAUGACGAGGAUGACGCCUCUACCGAUAGUGAAGACAUUCAGCUUGCACAGGUGAAUGAUAAGUGUCUGAGUAUCCGUACAUCUAUAUUGGAGGAAAAAGCUACAGCUUGCCAACUUUUAGCUGGUAUGGUGAUAGAUCUGGAGGAUGCGUUCUUUCCGUAUGCCGAACAGGUUACACAAGUAUUGGCGCCGCUGUUGACCGAGUCUGUACACUCAGAUAUCCGAGCCUCUGCAAUUCGUGCAAUGCCGGCACUUGUAAAAUGUGUCGCGAUCUCAACUGCUGCCGCGCCUGGUCCAUCGGAAAACAGUCAAGCUACAAUCAAGCAAAUGGUGGAUUUCGCUCUCGGUCGUCUCGUCAAUGCGCUGACAUCUGAGCCGGAUGUGGAAUUAGUCGUGAGUAUUAUGCAGAGUAUGAUUAAUUGUCUCAAUGAAGCGUGCCAACCGCACCCAAAGCUGAAGCUUAAUGAAGCACAGCUACGUGAGCUAGUACUUGGAUUGCUAGUGGUUUUAGGUGAUAGCUUUCAACGUCGCGCAUUGCGGAGAAGUGGCGCUGGCACCGAUGUCAUGGAGGCUGACGAGGACGAAGACGAAGAUGAUGCUGCGUCGCAGUCAACUGAGACUCAAGCGACUGAGACUGAGCUACAUUUUGUGUUGGCCGAAUGCAUCGGAGUACUCGCCAAGACUCAUGGUGCUGACUUCUUCCCUGUAUUUAUGACGCUGUUGUGGGACAAAGUAACCGCUCUAGCGGCUCCUGGGUGUUUGAUAGAAGACCGACAGCUUGCGCUCUUUGUCGUGGAUGAUGUUUUAGAGCACUGUGGUGACGCUGCUUUGCAUCGUCUCGAUAUCUUUCUGCCUAUUUUUAUGAGUGCUUUGCGUGAGGUCCAUGAGCCUGGUUUAAUACAGGCCGCAGCGUUUGGUGUCGGCGUAUGUGCGUCUCAAGGUGGGGAUGCGUUCGCGCCACACGCCAAGCAGUGUCUUCAAUUACUUCACAACGUCGUGACACAGCCUCAUGCCUACAAUUCCGAGCACCGAAAUGCAACUGACAAUGCUGUGGCUGCACUUGGCAAACUGUGCGAAUUUCAGUCAGCUGUCGUGGAUGCAGCUACGCUAUUUCCGCAGUGGUUAAGUCUACUUCCCUUACGUGGAGACUUAGAAGAAUCGCUUGCUGUCUUGCGUCGUCUCUGUGGCUACAUCGAUGAUCGACAUCCACUUGUACUAGGAGCACCAGACUAUCAGCAUUUAGGUAAAGUAGUUGCUGUGCUGGCUGCUGUGACUGACGCAAAGUUUUUACGCAAAAUGGGCAAAAGUGUCGGUGAAAAAGAGGUGUUGGCCCUACGUCAGCAACUUGCAUCAAGUCUUAAAAGUCUUCGCGCAUCAGUGCCAGAGAUGAUGAUGAGUUAUACAUGGAAUUCACUCUCAAGUUCGCAGCAAUCGGCACUCCAAGAGCUCUUUGCAUAUGCGGAGUAA